AUGGCCAAGCAUAAUACUGUCCCUGAUCGUGGUCUUUAUUAUUUUUCUACAUGGAAUUUGGGAUAUUUUCCACCAAUAAUAGAUCAGAUAUCAUUAUCGUCUCAACAAUCUAUCAAUAUUAAGUCAAAAAAACCUCUCGAAAUCAAAACUAGUAUUGAAUUAAUCGAAUAUUGUAAUCGUGGAAUUGUUAUAUUCGAAGGGAAAUCUUAUGAAAAGAAAUGUUUAUGUCCACCUAAUUAUUACGGUGAUCGAUGUCAUUUGCAAAAUCAACGUAUUAGUUUAACACUUCAGAUACGUCCAUUAGGUUCACAUGAGAAUAAACAUUCUAUUUAUGAUAUAUUUAUUUAUUUAAUUGAUGAUGAAAAUGAAAUAAUACAUAAUUAUGAAAAAAUUAAUUAUGUUUCAUCAAUAGAUUGUAAUACAAAAUACAAUCGUUAUUUACUUUAUCCUAAUCAACCAAAAAAUGUCAAUCAUAUAUAUUCGAUACGUAUUGAUAUUUAUGAAAAAUUAACAUUAUUCAAUUAUUAUGGAAGUUGGAAUUUAUCUAUUCCAUUUCCAUUCUUACCAGUUCAUCGUAUAUCAACAUUAAUUCGUAUUCCAUCAGAAAAAUCUCAAUUAUUAACAAAAUGUUCAAUUCAAUGUGGAACAAUGGAAAAUGUUUUAAAUAUAUUAAUUCAACAAAAGAAUUAUGCCAUUGUGAUCCAGAAUAAUGGUAAAUGUGUACCUUAUAAUUAUCAUACAAAUCAUGAUGGUUUUAUUUGUUUAUGUCCUGAAAAUUUUACUGGAUCUUAUUGUGAAUAUCAACUGAACAGAAUAAAUGUUAAUUUCAAAAUUAAUUCAAUUCCAUUAUUAAUUUUUGCUCAUUAUAUUAUUUCACAUCAUGAUAAAGGACAUGAAAGAAUAACAAGAUUUAAAAAAAUUCCAUUUGAUCAAUAUUCAAUUGAAUUAUUUUCUCAAAUUCCAUUUAAUUUAUUAUUUAUUGAAUUUGAAAAGAAUUAUUAUCUUACUGUAUUAAGAGAAAAAUCAAUUCGAUCUGAAAAUAUUGCUACUAAUAUAAAUCAAGAUAAUAAUUGUGAAAAUAUAAAUAAACUUUUAAAUUCAACAAUACUUAAUUAUACAAAUCUUCGUCGAUUAAAAUAUUAUCAAUUACCAUGUAUAGAAAAUCUCAAAUUAAAAUGUUUUUAUGAUGAAAAAUAUAUGUGUGUUUGCGAUAAAAAUCGAUAUUCAAAUUGUUUUGAAUUUGAUCAUAAUACGUCUUAUAAUUGUCAAGGUUAUAAUUAUUGUGAGAAUAAUGGUAGAUGUUUUCAAGAUAAUAGAACUUGCCCAUCAACUUCAGUAUGUAUAUGUAACAAAUGUUAUUAUGGAAGUAAAUGUCAAUUUAAUAGCAUAGGUUUUAGUACAUCACUUGAUGUUAUAUUUGGAUAUCAUAUUAAACCAUUUAUUUCAUUUACAAAACAAUCCAACGCAGUGAAAAUAACUGCAUCAAUAACAAUUCUUAUGUUAAUAUUUAGUAUUAUUAAUGGAUAUAUUUAUCAACAAAUUCAAUUAUAUCAAUAUUAA